UUGGCCGCUUCCCCUCCUCCUCUUCCACUCCUCCAUCUCUCCCUCCCUCCUUUAUCCAUCCUUUCCUGUCCUGUAUCCCUGCUCAGUCACGCUGGAGCCUGUAGCUACUGGGGCUGCUGCCGCUAGCUGUCUCUCUGUUUCUUUCUCUCUAUGGUUCUCUGGCUGACAGAGAGCUGUCUUUACCCUGUAUUGUGAGGGUGUGGAGGGAUAGAUAUACAGUGUGUUAUGCCUCUUUUCUCUCCCAUCUCCUGAUGUCUAACCGGUCUGACCAACCGUCUGCUGCUCUCUGCUCUCUCCUGGAUGGAUGAAUGGAUGAAUGGAUAGAUGUACACGGUUCUAGCCUAACUGUCUAACACCCUCAUUGACUGGCUGACUACAGAGGAGGAAGGAGAAGGGACACCACAGGUGGCUGCCAUGCCUCUCCACGCUGUAGGAGAUUACUAAGAGGAAGACUUCAGACUCACUGAGGAGAACACAAAGAGAAGGAGGGAUACAGACAGAAAAUAAAAGAAAGAAAGGAAACGGCAAGCCAAAAUGACCUCAGCGGACCAGCUGGACAGCCAGUGAUCCAGAUCCAGCUGGAGGAGACCGGAACUAUUCACACAUACAUAACGAGCUGUGAUUUGGAGAUGAAUGGGAAGGCGGGAGGUAGAGGACCUGUGAGUUCACCCAACUACAACAGCACCACCAUGGUAUCAGACCUAUGCUCCCCUGAAUCCCAGACCCAGUCCCAGCCCUUCACACCCCGGGCGUCCCGUACUCCCAGGAAAGCAGCUACGUUUGGGAAACGUUCUAAUUCCAUGCGGAGGAACCCUAAAGCAGAGGUGACCAAACAGGGCUGGCUAUACAAACAGGCCAGUAGUGGAGUGAAACAGUGGAACAAGAGAUGGUUCGUCCUCGCUGACCGAUGCCUCUUCUACUACAAAGACGAGAAGGAGGAAGGAGUGUUGGGAAGUCUUCCUCUGCUCAGCUUUCGGAUCGGAGGAGUGCAGGCGUCGGAUAACAUCAGCCGAAAGCACGCCUUUAAGGCUGAACACGCAGGAACACGCACGUACUACUUCAGCGCUGAGACUGCUGAGGAACAGGAGGAGUGGGUCGACGCUAUGAACGAGGCUGUCCAGAUACAGCCUUCAUGGAGGACCACCAACUCAGAGGCCACCACACCCACAGCGGAACUCCAUGGUAACACCUUGGUAACCAAAGGACCUGAACCACACACCCAGACACACACAUACAUCAAGGACAACGGCCAGACGACAGACCUCCAAGACACAGAGCGUGGACCACGAAAACCCGCCCAUCACAAGGUCAACGGGGUUGACGCCAUGGAAAUGGCCCUUCCCUCCACCAGCCCCUCAGAGCAGGAGGGGAGGAUGGGGGUAGAGAGAGGGGAGAGGGGGGAGAGAGGAGGGCCAGGACCUGCACCCCAUCCCCAUCACCAGCCCAACGGGUGGGGCCCCUACGGUCCCCCAAACGGGCCCCCUCACCAUGGAAACGGACCCCACCAGGAUAACGGGCGGCCACCCCAGGGACCUCCAGAGGGAGGGAUGAGAGAGGGGAGGGAGAUGAGGGAGCAGCCGGAGAAUGUGGUCCUGAGACGGGGCUUCGUGCCACGGACGAACCCUGAGAGACAGGCCCAGAGGAAGAGCUCCAUGACCUACCUACAGCAGUGGGUCAACAAGCGCAGAGUCAUGGCUGUACAGGAGGACAUGAACAGUACCUCCCGUUACUACACAGUGAACCGGGGUGUGCCAGCUGACUACUACAGCGUCUACGAUAGCGUGGGGGCGGUCCUGUACGUGGAGGAGUACCCCCUCUACCCGCCGGGCGUACGCCCCGACAGCAUCUGCUCUGUGUCAGCCGUGGGCUACGACCGCCUGGGCCCCCCUCGCUGGACCAACGAGGAGAAGAGAUGCUCACUACGGGACGGAACUCCCCUCUACGGACUCCCGCCCCCUCGAGACCCAUACAGCCCCCCACCCGGCCCUGCCUAUUACAGCCAGAUGGAUGCAGCACAGACCUCCAUGAGGCGUCUCUCCAUUCAGCCCAGGUCUAGGUCCGUCCCCAGGUCCCCCUCCUCAUCCUCGGGUGGUCCCUACUCACCCGGCCCUCAUAGCUUUGCCUCGCCCGUCCACUCGCCCUCGGCCCGGUUUGACAGAGGACCAAGCAGGCUACAGGAGGAUGUGAUCUACGCUGACCCCUCUGUGUACGGACUGAGGAGAUCACUGAGCUCACCCAAGUAUGAUUACCCUGGAGACAGGAGGUCGCUAAGCCAAGGAAUGUACCACUACAACAACCCUGCCUCCCCUUCUCUCCACAGCAAAAUGGAGGACAUUUUAGACCUGCAGCUCCAGAGAAACCUGGAGUACCUUGAUCAACAGGUGCCUCAGUUCCAUGACCCCUACAGGGAGCUGCACCCCACACUGAAACGCAACGAGAUGGAGACCAGUAAACUUCUGGGUCGUCUGUGUGAGCAGAACAGUAUUCUAAAGGACCAGGAGGCAGUGGUCCACAGGCUGAGGAUGGACAAGGACAGCCUAGAGGGAGCACUGGUGGCCACGCACCAGGAGAUGGAGCUGUACCGGGGUCAGCCGUUGGCUGCAGACAAACUACAGCUGAAGAAGGAGAAACUGCAGAACCAGCUCAUCAACAUCAGAGGAGAACUCUCCCAGGCAUCCAGCGUUCUGACCACCACCCGGAUGGAGUUUGAAACUUUGGAGGACGAGGUCAAUGCUAUCCAUGGAGACCUGUGGGAACAGCUCAACACAGGCGGGCAGAGUGAGAUGAUCCACAGACACAUUCAGAAGGAGUUCUGGAGAGUUCAGGAUGUGUUGGAGGGACUCCACAAAAACAACCUUUCCAGAGGCACAGACACAGCCAAACACCGGGUGGCCAGUGGAGCAUCAGGUUCUUUUAGCACCAAUAGUCCUGCCAGUCCCCUGAGCUCAGUAAGCCUCACCAGUCCGCUCAGCCCCUUCUCCCCAUUGCCCGGUUCCCAGGCCUCUCCCACAAAACAACUCGGUCCUGAGGACAUUGGCCCGCCACGGCCACCACUUCCCAAAUCCUACUACCCCCUGGAGUUGCUCCCCUCCCUCCCCCGUCAGCCCUUUGACAGCUCCACCUGGCUACGCAGCCAGGGCCUGGAUGACGGUUACGUUGACGACGAAGAGUCCCGCGGCAGAAAGCACAAGUACGGUUAUCGACAGGACAUGUCACCGGGAGAAUGGACCAAUAGCAACGAAGCUCAGGAGCUGGAUCAGGAUCGGCAGGCCAACACGAAUAAAGUGGGGAUUGUUCCUCCCAGGACUAAGUCUCCCAUGGAGGACCAGGGCCACUCCUACGACCAUGGAAUCUCCCGACGCAACGGCAAGGUGCCUAAUGGAAUCUCCAGGGAGCGUCCGAAGAGUGCGGUGUUCCCGGCGGAGGUGAAGUCCAAGAUGAGCGUUGAGGAGCAGAAUGAGCGUAUCCGUAGGAACCAGAGCAGCUCCGUCAGGGACAAGAGACGCAGCCUGAACCUGGGUAGCCAGGCUGGUACCAACUACAGAGUGGUGAGGCGGAGGCUGACGACCCAUGAGGUGGACAUCAAGGACCUGGAGGCUGCAGUACGGGGGGAGGGGGUGCAGGAGUCACCCCGGGAAGAGAUUGCUCGCCUCAGACGGUUACAGAUGGAACCUGACCACUACGACCUGGACAUCAGCAAAAAGCUGUGUGCUCCAGACAAGGUUCUGAUUCCGGAACGCUACCUGGAUGUGGACACUCCUCUCAGCCCAGAGGAGCAGAAGGAGAAACAGAAGAAAGUAGAGAGGAUAAAGACGCUCAUUGCCAAAUCAAAUCUCCAGAACGUGGUUCCCCUAUUGGACGGUCCUACUGAGGGGGGUGGUUCCCACCAACAGGGUAACCCAGAGCAGCAGCUCCAGGACCAGGAGAAGAGGAUUGAGAUCUCCUGUGCCCUGGCCACCGAGGCCUCGCGACGCUCCCGUCUGCUCUCCGCCCAGUGUGCCCCCAGCCCCCCCGCCUCCCCGCCCAGCCUGGCCCCUCCCCCCUCCUGUGGCUUCUCCGACCCACAUCAUGAAGGUGUGAGUCUGUGAAGCUCAAGCUCUGGCUGCCGUUAAGUUUGAUGGCACGUCCUUCUGAGGAUCCACUGGAAUAUAAAGAGUAAGCCCAAAGAAACUGGUUUUGUUUAGUCUCUCAGACCGCCCGCCAGACUCUACAACAAUACAACAGGAAACAGGAAGCUGUCACAGGAAGUCUGGAAAGUUGGCCACCUGAGGAUGUUUUCAAGCCAAACAGACUAAUGAUGGAGAAACUUAAGGUCCACACCUCCCACCUACCCCAGGGGUUGCUAUAACAGCAUCCUCCACUCUCCCUCUGUCAAUUACCGCACUUACACUCUUCCUCUCAGCCUAGGCCUGGUAGAAAAUAGCUUCUCUAUAAGGGCAGGAAAAGCGAACAAAACAAAAGCAAAUAAAACACGAUGGUGUAAUUUUUCACAAUUUUGGUUGUGGUGCGUUUGAUGCAGCAUCUGAAGCUACUAAAUUAGCCAGAGAGCAUGGGGUGUAUACAUCACUCUAACAUGCUCUCCGCCAUGGUAAACAGACAGUGAGACAGUUUUUCUCUGUUACUCAGCUCAGAACGGUAUCUGCUAUGGAGAGAUUAGAAAGACCACAGAGACUAGAAGCCCAGGACAGUAGAGUUUUGUGACUGAACGGUUCAGGAGGGCACUUAUCGUAUGUGAUGCACGGAUCUCAGUUAAGAUGAAAAGGGAAGAAAGACUGGCUGAGCUGGAAUUCAGGAAGAAUGAGAGGAAGGUUUUUAUUGGUGCAGAGAGUAGUAGAACAAAUCAGAGGCUGAUGUGUUUUGUGUAACAGGAAAAGGUCACGGGGAGAAGGAGGUGAACGGAGGGUCGUUCAAGAACCAUAAAGAGAUCAAAGUAGCAACAGUAACAGAACAGUACCAGAACAGAAUACAGCAUCUGAAGAGCAAUGUGGUCUUGUCUCUAUUUGGCCCCUGGGUCAUGUAGUCUUGUCUCAUAUUGGCCCCUGAUUCAUUGUCUCAAACUCAGUUAAACAGCCCUUGACCCUCAGAGGCCAUUAGUGGGAGAGCUGUACUGCACGCAAGCACAGUAUCACACACAUACACACACACACACCAUUAAUUCCCCCUUCAAUCCACUGGUGUCAGGGCAUGGGUGUACAGCAGCGCUUGAUGAGCCCCCCCUCUAUUCCUUUCCACCCCUCUCAUCCCGGGUGAGGAACACACCUAUUGAACCUGACCCACUGUACCUACCUCCCAGCCCCUUCUCCAGGCGUGGCUACCCCCCUCGGUUCCCUCUCCUGCCUACACCCCGGGCUGGUUGGAACCUGUAUGUGUAUGUGUGUGACUGUCUACAGGAAGACCCAUCCUGCCUCACUCUGAAACCACUGUUAGUUCUCUGGUAACUGUGUAUCUAGAUGUAAGUAAAGCCCACACACCUUUAGCAUUAAAGCCAUUGGACUCUUAGUCCUCUCACUGCUAGGACGUUACUUCAGUGGUACAGUAUGUUAAUAGCUAAAUGUGUGGAUAAAAUCUAUACACACACACAUAUAUAUAUAUAUAUAUAUAUAUA